AGGAGUAGACACUGCUCCAUGUGCAGUGCCCAUGUGGCUGGGGCUGUAAAAAGGACGUGGAGCAGGCAGUGAGGGGGACCCAGUACACGAUGGCAGGCAGGUGCAGGAGCCUGGGGCAGACCCUGCGGGGUUUGCACAGACAGGGAGAAACCCGGGGUCUCCAUUCAGGCCUAGCAUGCUCCAGCCCUGACCACGCAGCCCCCAGCCUCCGUUUCCCCAUAUUGCAACAUAACCUGCAUCCUAACCACCCCCAGCCCCGCAAAAGGGCCCACGCACAGCCGAGUGCAAGGACGCUGGGCUCAGGUGCGCACCUGGCCGGCCUCCUGGCGGGGGCGCCCCAGGCCCCCGGGGCUCCUUCCGGGUUGGCAGCAGCGGCGCAGGGGGCGGGGGGCCGCGCCGAGGGGCCGGGCGGCGGCCGGGAACGCGCGCUCCCACCCCCCGCCCGCCUCCUGCCGCUGCAAACCGGGCUCGGCGCGUCCGGGGCGGCUGGCGGCGCGGGCGGGCGGGGACGCCGGGCUGGGGGCGGCGACGGGCAGGGGCCGCGCGCGGACGGCGCCGGGCGCAGCAUGGGCGGCCCGCGGGCCUGGGCGCUGCUCUGCCUCGGGCUUCUGCUCCCGGGAGGUGGCGCCGCGUGGAGCGUCGGGGGAGCGGCGUUCUCGGGACGCAGGAACUGGUGCUCCUAUGUGGUGACCCGCACCGUAUCAUGCCACGUGCAAAAUGGUACCUACCUUCAGCGCGUGCUACACAACUGCCCCUGGCCCAUGAGCUGCCCAGGGAGCAGCUACAGAACCGUGGUGAGACCUACGUAUAGAGUGAUGUACAAGACAGUGACAGCCCGCGAGUGGAAGUGCUGCCCGGGACACUCGGGGGUGAGCUGCGAGGAAGUUGCAGGCUCCCCUGAGCUCGUGGAGCCAGCCCCGUGGCCUGGCAACAGCAUGAGACGGAUGGCACUCCGGCCCACGGCCUUCUCAGCCCUGGCCUCCCCUCUCCCCACAGGGUGUCUUAACUGCAGCCGAGUGUUGGAGUUGACUGAGCGACUGAAGGUGCUAGAAGCCAAGGUGGCCGUGCUGACCAUCUCCGAGCGGGCAGUGCCCCCAACCCCGGCUGUCCUUGAAGGCCCUGCCCCACUCUGGGGCUCCCCAGCUGCCCAGGGCAGCCCUGGAGGUGGAGGCCACCAAGAGCUGCCAGGAGCUGGCCAGAACCUGAGGGCCCCAGUGCUUCCGCGAGAUGACCGAGUUGGUGCUCGGGGGCUGCCUGGCCCCGCCGGUCCCAAGGGAGAUGCUGGCAGCCGGGGCCCAACAGGGAUAAGAGGCCCUCCAGGUCCACAGGGUCCCCCGGGGAGCCCCGGCCAGACUGGAGCUGCAGGGACCCCUGGAGAAAGAGGCCCUCCAGGCCUGCCAGGCCCUCCCGGCCCUCCUGGGCCCCCAGCCCCUGUCGGGCCACCACAUGCCCGCAUCUCUCAGGAUGGGGACCCAUUCCUGUCUAACACCUUCACUGAGACGGGCAGCCGCUGGCCUCAGGGACCUGCUGGACCCCCAGGUGCCCCAGGACCCAUUGGUCCCCCUGGACCUCCUGGCCCCACAGGUGCCCCCGGAAGUCCUGGACGCGUGGGACCCCCAGGCCCUACUGGACCCAAAGGGAUCUCUGGCCACCCAGGCGAGAAGGGUGAGAGGGGACCUCGUGGAGAGCCUGGCCCCCAAGGCUCUGAGGGGCAGCGGGGUGACCCUGGCCCCAAGGGAGACCCUGGCGAGAAAAGCCACUGGGGAGAGGGAUUGCACCAACUGCGCGAAGCUUUGAAGAUUUUAGCUGAAAGGGUUUUAAUCUUGGAAACAAUGAUUGGCCUCUAUGAACCAGAGCUGGGCUCCGGGGCAGGCCCUGCUGGCAUGGGCGCCCCCAGCCUGCUUCGGGACAAGAGGGGAGGACAUGCAGCCAGCUAUCGGAUCGUGGCCCCAAGGAGCCAGAAUGAGAAGGGCUGAGGGUGAAAGCGGUGGCAGCCCCCUGUUGGAUGGACCAG